AUGUGCUGCUGUUUCGGAUCCCGCGGGGAACACGUCGAGCCCGUCAAGAAAAUCCCACAGCACGAAUUCGACGAGAAGAAAAAAGCGUACGAAUCUAAUGGUCAUCGAUCAUCCCUCCCUCGUCGUCGGCAUUCAAAUAAAUACGUAGAGAGGGAUAGUUCGAGAGACAGCAGCAAUUCCCCGCGAAACGGAUCUCGAGGGUCGCAGAAUGGAUAUGGUAGUAGCAGUGGUAGUGGUAGUAGUAGGGAUUUGAGAGGUUACAACAGUAAUGUGGAUUCUCACAGGUAUAGUAAUGGCGGAUAUGGGCAGGAAGGAUAUAUUCAGGGAGGCCAUAGUCAGGGAGUACGCUCGCCCCCAUCAUUGGGGACUAGCGUGCUACGGGGCUCUGCAUCGCGGUAUUAA